AUGGAGCUCUCCGGGAAAGUUGUCUUCAUAACUGGCGGAGCUCAAGGUCUUGGCAAAGCCUACACGGAAGCUCUGCUUGAGAAGGGGGCACAAGUUUUCUUUGGAGACGUGAACGCAGUCAUGGGUGCAGAGACUUUGAAAGAAUUGCAGGAAAAAUAUGGCGCCAAAAAUGUCAGAUUUGCUGCUUUUGAUGUCACAAAUCACCAACAGUUUCAAGACGCAUUUACCCAGGCGGUGUCCGAGUUUGGCCAUAUAGAUAUUAUGGUCAACAACGCUGGCAUCAUGAACGAGGGCAGCUGGCAGCUCAUGAUUAACAUCAAUGUUACGUCAGUGGUGUUUGGGACGCAGUUGGCCAUAGAACACAUGAGGAAAGAUCAAGGGGGACGUGGCGGUCGAAUCAUCAACAUCAGCUCUAUAGCAGGCUUGAAAGACUUACCAACCCUUCCUGUCUACUGCGCCACCAAACAUGCAGUCAGGUCAUACACCUCUUCACUGGCGCUCCAGUACGACCUGGCUGCCCUGGGAGUUGAGUUUGGCAUCCUGUGCCCCGAAGCUGCAGCCACGGAUCUCAUACUGAAACUGGACAGUGAUAAAAUACAUUUCUUCGACAAGGUGAAGGAAACCAUUGAGGAGAACACGAUGCCCGUAUCGACUGUAGUUGAUGCUUUUUUAGAACUUGUACAACUGGAGAAGAUGAAUAACGCCAUUUUAUUAGUUCAGAAGGAUGGAAAGACAUAUCAGAAGAUGGAAUACCACCAAGUCUCGCCGCCAGGACCAAGCAAAGACAACUCUCCUACACAAUCGCAUUAA